AUGAACGAUUUCGAGAGCAGUCUGUUUGCACGCUUCCUGAACGAGAAUGACUUUGCUGCAAAGACCCAGGAGGCGUUUGCCUCGGAUUUCAAGAAGUGGGUGGGUUACUUCGAGGGAGUGUACAGUGAUGAGUAUGACAGCCGUGUUGUGACGCUGCGUGAUGUCACUGACUUUCGUACACAUUUGCGAGAGGAGCGGGGGCAAGCUGUCGCAACGGUGAAUCGGUGCCUAGUCACUCUGCGGAGAUACUUCUCAUUUCUUGCGCAAGAAGAAGUGAUUACACAGAAUCCUGCUGCGAAGGUCAAGGAACUCCGGCGAACACCAUCUGCUCCGAAGGCGAUAGAUAGGACGACUAUUCGACGGAUGAUCAGAGAGGCCAUCGUGCGGGAGGAUGUACGAGCAUCUUCAAUCCUGAGUCUCUUCGUGUACUGUGGCUUGAGAUUGAGUGAAGUUGCGAUGCUCAAACUUGGUGAUAUCGAUUUGUCCGAGCGCCGAGGCAUGCUCGUAGUCAAGCAUGGUAAGAACAACAAAGAAAGAGCCGUUCCCGUUCCUACUGAAGCAAGACGGCAUCUUCUCGAAUACCUUGGCUGCCGACCGCCCGUUGAGAGCGAUCGAGUCUACAUCGGCCAGGGAUGCAAACCUCUCGGGACUGACGGGGUUCGCUACCUCGUCGAGAAGUACGGCCUAUCUGUGGGCAUCAAACUCCAUCCCCAUGCCCUGCGCCACUCGUUUGCCACUGAGUUCCUUGCCGCCAACAACAAUGAUCUCGUUGGUCUCGCUCAGAUUUUGGGGCAUGAGUCAAUCCAAACUACAAGCCGCUACACGCAGCGAGGGCAUACUCAGCUUGCGGCAUCUAGCGAACAGGUUCGAUUCUGA